UAUUUUGACGGGUUUAACCGGAUGUUGUACAUGUUAACUCCACCUUGACACCGGGGAGAGUACAGUGGUUUUGCUGCACUGACAGCGGGCUGCUUGGUUUAUCCUCCCUCUCAGACGAGACAGACCUGCUAUAUUUUUGUACACCGAGACAGCCGGCAUAAUGUCGGAUUUCGAGGAAUUUGAGAAACAGCUCAGCGAGAACCGACAGGAGAGAGAAAGAGAGAGACACAAAAAGAAGAGUCGCAGUGCCUCUCCUGGCCGAGGCAACAAGCACCGCAGCUGGAGCAAAGACCGGGGGAGCCGCAGCCGAGAGAAGAGAAGCCGCAGCAGAGACCGGAAAAGCCGGGACCGCCGGAGCUCCUCGCGGGACCACAAGAAGCACAGCCACUCUCCAAGGCGGACAAGAAAGAAAAGGACCUGCAAAUAUUGGGAUGUGCCUCCUCAUGGUUUUGAACACAUCACACCAAUGCAAUAUAAAGCUAUGCAAGCGGCCGGGCAGAUACCAACGAUAGCUCUGCUGGCGACGGCCACCACCACCGGAGUGGCUGCAGCUCCAACACAAGUGCCCAUAGUUGGCAGUCAGAUGACGAGACAAGCCAGACGCCUCUAUGUUGGAAAUAUUCCCUUUGGGGUAACUGAGGAGUCCAUGGCGGAGUUCUUCAACGCUCAGAUGAGGCUUGCAGGACUUUCACAAGCCCCGAGCAACCCUGUACUCGCUGUGCAGAUUAAUCAGGAUAAAAACUUUGCUUUCCUAGAGUUUCGGUCUGUAGAUGAGACGACGCAGGCGAUGGCCUUCGAUGGAAUCAUUUUUCAGGGUCAAUCGCUGAAAAUUAGACGCCCUCACGACUACCGGCCUUUACCUGGCAUCUCAGAGCAGCCGGCUUUCCACGUCCCAGGCGUCGUCUCCACAGUUGUUCCUGAUUCCCCCCACAAACUGUUCAUAGGAGGCCUGCCCAACUACCUUAACGAUGACCAGGUUAAGGAGCUCUUGACAUCGUUUGGGCCUCUCAAAGCGUUCAAUCUUGUGAAGGACAGUGCCACUUCACUGUCAAAAGGUUACGCCUUUUGCGAAUACGUAGACGUCAGUGCCACAGACCAGGCAGUUGCUGGGCUCAAUGGGAUGCAACUGGGCGACAAAAAGCUGAUAGUCCAAAGGGCAAGUGUGGGAGCUAAAAACGCCAAUCCUACCUCCAUCAUAGAGACCCCUGUGACGCUGCAGGUCCCCGGGCUUCAGAGGCUGCAGAACUCUGGCAUACCCACGGAGGUGCUGUGCCUUCUCAACAUGGUGAUGCCCGAGGAGCUGGUGGACGACGACGACUACGAGGAGAUCUUGGAAGACAUCCGCGAGGAGUGCUGCAAGUACGGCAGCGUCCGCUCCAUCGAGAUCCCCCGACCCGUCGCCGGUGUGGAAGUCCCCGGCUGUGGAAAGAUCUUUGUGGAGUACGUUUCUGCUGCAGACUGUCAGAAGGCCAUGCAAGCUCUCACCGGCCGCAAGUUUGCCAACAGAGUGGUGGUCACCAAAUACUACGACCCGGACAUGUAUCACAGACACGAGUUCUGAACGCACAGACGGGUCCUCCUUUCUGUUGGUGAGCUCGGGUCGAGUCCAGUCCUGUUUCUUUACUCCUCUGAAUGUUGUGAAAAGACUCGUUUUCUGACAUCAUCUACUUAAACUGGACUGCAGUGUGUGUUUCCUCAUCGAAUAUCUAACUCCCAGCUUUAGCUUCAACACCCACACCGUGAACUGAUCUCCUUCUGAAUUUCAAAAGAUAUUGUAGUGUCCAUAACAUUGGUAGAAGAAUGAAUGCGACAUGUAUCUAACCUAGACUAAUACUGGCUGACGAUGCCAGAGUAGCUGUCUGAUCGAGUAUGCACUACAUGAGAAAAAAACCUGUCAAAUGUUAAGAUUUCCCUCCUGAGCACAAACGUUCAUUUCUCUGUUUUAGAUUGGCUUAGCCGCUGUAAAUGAUGUGGCUCUGAGACAAAAAAGUCUUUAUUUAUUUAUUUAUUUGUUUUUCCAAAGUCCUAUUUUCAUCCAUACGCCAAUUAUUAAUGUCCAUUAAUAUGUAUGAUGAUUUUACCCCCACUGCUCACUUUUUGUUGUCAGAACGGCCUCAAAUAUUGCAAAAAUGAAAUAUUAACAUCUAAAAGAUCGGCCAUGUACACUUGAAGCGACAUGCUUUGUGCCAAAUACGAUCAUUUUCUUAAUUGCGAAUGUUUUAUCUCUUAAUAUACCCAUGAACAGCGUAUAGAAAAUCUUUGAAAAUACAUAUGUUAGUCCCAAAAAUCUUUUUCCGACAUAGCAGCAUUAACUAAGGGGGCGGGGCUUAUUUAAUGUUGUGUCCAUCUAGCAACUGUCCGCAAGAAGUUGUCAACAUGAGAAAAACAAAAUCAAUCUGUCCUAAUGGUCUCAUUGAAAAACUAAAGCAGAUUAUGUAAAUAUUAGGAAAUGCACCUUUACGUUUUGUAGAUGGCAUUGUUUUAACCCUCAUGUUGUCCUUGGGUCAGACUGACCCGUUUUCAAUUCUUUUUUUUUCUCACGAAAAAUGGGCCGUCGAAAUAAGCGCUGAAAAUGUCAACAUUAAAGAUAUCAAAAAACUCACCCACGACAUUGAAAACGUGACAAAAAUGUGGGAAAAAGCGAUAAUAACGUUGAAAAAACAUCAUUUUUUUGUGGUUGACGGGAUGACAACACAAGCUUUAUUGUUUGUUUGAUCUGUUAAAAAAAACAAAAAGUAAAUAAUAAUAAUAAUAAUAAUAAUAAUAAAAAAAUUUAAUAACUUUUAUCUGCUUGAAAAGUAUAGGCACAAAUAUCCAGACAAUUUUGUCCGACAUUGGGAUGUGAGAAAAUAUGCAUUUUAAUGUCAACUGGUUUGCACAUAUGCAGCAAACAAUAUGUUCUGUUUCAAGGUAAACAAAUAGCAUUUUAGUGUUAUAGUAAGUUUAACAUAUCAACUUAUAAUAAACAGUAUUUUCUAUGUUUUUGGACCUUUAAAAACACGUUGAGUUGGUUCACUCCCUGAAUAAAUGCUUGCCUCCACCGUCAGCCUGCCUGUGUGGCCGUCUUCUUCUGGAAGCAGCUGAUUGCAUCGGCUGUAAGUGGAAAUAUAUAUAUAUAUAUAUAUAUAUAUAUAUAUAUAUAUAUAUAACUGUAUUCAAUGUGGGGAAAUAAUACAAACAUGUAUUCAAA